UACAUUUUUUUGCUUUCGUAGACAAAAUUAAUAUGUUUGAAACAAAUUUGGACGCCGCCUGAUCCUAUGUACAUAUAAUAUCAUGGAUGAUAAUGACUGUUUUUACAACGGUUUAUCGUUGAUGGACCCAUCGCCCAUUGAUUAUGAGCUUAAUAACAGUGUUUUGGACGAUAUGUUAAACUCAUCAGUACCGCAUAUUGAUUCUUCGUUGGACUUGAGUGCAUUGAUACCUGAAGUUCACGGUGAUAUAUUUUCUGGCUUGUAUCACGGAUCAAAUCAACAAAGCCAUGAUUUAGAUUAUAAUUUGGACACACUCUCGCCGUUCAAUGGGCCGCUUGACUCUGCGAAACGAACUACUUCCACAUCGUCUGCCGAGGAUCCGGAUAAUUUCGAAGAUUUUAUUAGCUUUCUUAAUGAUGAUAACGUUUCUAAGUUCAGAUGCGAUAAUGUAUUACGAUAUUCGAAAGAACGUAAUACACCGUCUCCCACAGGAAGUUGUAGCAGCUCUAGCGGGAGCUCGACGAGUGGAGUACAGAGCGAUAUAUCUGAUGCAUCACACAACAAAGCUCACGACCAUAUUGACGUUGAGUCAGCUAUGCAGGCUGUUCACAAAUUAAACUCGACAACUGAUCAGACUAGUAGGAAUUUUAUUUUAUCUGCAGUCGAUAUUUGUAAACAGCAAGAAACGCAAUUUAAUUCGAAGAAAGCUAACAUUGGGCCCAUUGCCUCAACUGUCACCAACAUUGAGCCAAUUAAUAUUGAAUGGAUGGAUUCACGAACACAAAAUUCUUCGCCUGCUGACGUACAAGGUUCCACGGCAAAUGCUGUGAAACCGAAGACAAUAUUUCUCUCUUCUCAUGACUACAAAGCGCUGAUGCAAAAGAUAAACUUGAACGGAAAAAAAAGUUAUAAGGUUGGGGGCUGCAACUCUCAAAUUCCUAAUAUGGUUAUAAAAACAGUCAAUUCAAAAACAUCAAAAGCUUCGCACGAUGAAUUAAAACACCAACAGACAACAGAUCCACAAUGUGUAAAUCGAAUGUGUUAUAAUGGGAGCAUGCAUAUAAAAGGAGGCGUAAAAACGGAAGCCUCUGAUAGUGUGUCAAUAGAUGAAAAGAUAUAUAAAAAACAGCAGCGUAUGAUUAAGAAUCGGGAAUCUGCCUCCUUAUCCCGUAAAAAAAAGAAGGAGUACGUUGUGUCAUUGGAGACUCGAAUAACCAAACUUGAACGAGAAAACUAUACGCUUAAAGGAGAUAACACAACACUGCGCACCCAGUUAGUCACGUUGGCCAAAACAUGCAAAUGCCGCACCGGCAACUCAAGUGAAAUUGUACUUCAUUCUUUAAGUUCUGCUGCGGUGAGGAGUGAGCCCCACCACGUAAAGAUCGCACCUAAGCCAAAAUUUUUAAAACGGAAAAUCAAUGCAGCCACUGUAAAAAAAAAUGUGGCGGUGUUAUUUGCUAUGGCUUUUAUGGUAACUAUGAAUGCUGGGAGUUUUCAGUCAUUUCUUACCAAGCAAAGCGUUGAUGACGAUGGUGGAAAUCUAGAUAAUGUUGUGCCGGACCCUACGGUUGUUGGUCGUCGUCUACUUUGGGUAGAAACUGAAGAAGAGUAUAACGACAAAGUUAACCAGAAUAAGAGUCAAUCGGAUGAAAUGUCAGUUCCCCCUCUGCAUUUUCUAGGUCCGGUUAGGCGUAACAUUACUGUUAGCUCAGAUAAAAACAAUUCUAAAAAUACAUCAACAAACUAUUUUGGCAACGAACCGCCACCACUGGCGUACUCAUCUCUAAAAAAGUGCAAUGGUGAUUGCAAUUCUUCUAAUUCUGCAGUUAACCAGUCUGACUAUUUCCGAAUCGCUCAGAAUUUGCAAAAAUGGGCUAACAGCAAUGACUUUUUUAAUUUAAACAUGUCUUCGGGCUUUACUUCUGAGAAAAACAACCCACACGGGUUUAAAUUAUCGAAAGACUACAUUGAGUUGAAACCUGAAGUCCAAAGUCCACAACACCAGGGAAAACGUAAAAUCUACAUGGAUAUGAACGAUUAUAGUCCUGAUGUUGAGGAUAAACGACGAAGGAAAAUAAAUUCUAGUAUAAAUAGAGCAUUUAACAAUAAAAAGGAACACAUCCCAUUGUUUAAUGGCAUAAAAAGAAAAGAUGAUACAUUUUAUGUGCUUUCUUUUAACACGGAUCACAUACUACUUCCAGCAUCCAAAUAUAAUAACAGUAAGCGACCUAAAAUGUCAUUACUAUUGCCUACAGGAGAUCCCACCAGCAACGGCGACAUUAUGUUAAUGCAAGUGGACUGUGAAGUAUUUAAUACAAAGGAACUGGAGCUAAAGGCUCAUAUGAUUCCUACCAGGCUCCGACCUAAUGUUACUAACUGGCAUCCCAAUACGCCAAAAUUCGACAGCGCAGUUAAUGAAUCACAAAGUAAUAAAAAUGUUGAUAGAAUACCCGUGAAGUAUGAUAAACCUCGGGUGCAUACUUUCUUUAUGGUUGGUCCAAAAAACCAAGCUGCUGCUGCUGUAUCACAGGAGAAGCCACGUUUGGUGCAAUUUAACCACAGUGUCGCUAAUAAUAGUAGACAAAUGUCAAAUACCCGAAAACGUGAAUCGCUGCGAGAAAAAUUAGAACCGUAAUUUUUUUUUACAAGUUCAGUUCAGAUUAAAAAUCCGAAAUAGGGGUACUUGUAAAUUAAAUGUAGUUUAUUGUGACGGACCUACUCUUGCAUAAUAAAUUUAAACUUUAAUAAUUUUUAUGAUUACACAUCAAUAUUUGGUCUCGUGACUUUGGUACAACAAUUUUUGAAAUACUAAAACUAAAUAUGAGUAAUCUUAACCGUAUAAUAAGAAAUUAAAAAAUCAUUCCUGGCAAGCUAUCCUAAGUAGUAUUAUACAUAUCUGUCUUUUUACUAUAGCAAGUAUAAUAUUUUUCAUAAUGUUUUAAAAGAAAAGUGUGUAUCGUCUUUUUGUUAAGUUUUUACACUAACGCUGCAUAAAAAAGUAAACUGUAAAACCUUUGAUCUUAAAUUAUUAAA